AUGAAGGCGUACCAGAAGGAACUAGCGAGGCUGCAAACGAGACGCUGUAAGCGAUUCACUGGCAUAAGUAGCUUCAAAACAUUAAAAACGAUCUUUGAAUAUGUCAAGAAUUGCUUGUUUCAGCCUCACUGUGCUCUAACAAAGGAUCAAAUGUUCAUAAUGACUUUACGUAAACUGCGUCGCAGCACACCGUUUGUAGAUUUAGCAGAUGAAUAUUCCGUUUGUACUACGACAAUAUCGAAAUAUUUUCAUAGAACAUUAUUUGUUCUGUACGAUACAUUGAAAUAUGCCUUAGAGCCUGUUUCGAGAGAUAUAAGCAUUCGCCAUCUUCCUCAAAUUUUUCGGCAACAGUACGGAUACAGUCGUGUACACAUUAUCGAUUGCUUUGAGGUCACUACUGAAGAACCUAUAGAUGUUAAGGCUGCUCUUUCUCACCACAGCUCGUACAAAAUGAGAGAAACUACAAAGUUUUUGAUUGCAAUGUCUGCUGAUGGAAGAGUGUCUUUCAUUUCACAUGCAUACGCUGGUCGAUGCUCGGAUCGAAAUAUCGCUGAAACUUCUGGAUUUAUUGAUACACUUGAGCCAGGCGACGUUGUAAUAGCCGAUAAGGGUUUCGAUAUAAGCGAUUUGAUAUCUUCGAAAGGUGCAAUACUGAAUAUCCCAACAUUCCUUCGAAAAGACUCACAGUUGAAUCCCUUGGACAUGGAGAGAGAUAAGCAAAUAACAACGCUAAGAGUACAUGUAGAACGGCUGAUUGGAGUGUUGAAGUCGAAGUACGAGUAUCUGAACGGGCUUGUCAAGGUAGAUUCUUUGAGACGAUUCGAGAAUAGCAUCAAUGCUGUAGAUCUAGCCGUAUGGGUAUGUUGCAUAUUGGUAAAUUUUAAUAACUCUAUUGUGUAA